CACUCGGGCCGCCCUCAAAGAAGACUCUUGAGCGCGCUCUCCUCGACUGCAGCGGCACCGCGGAGGCGGUUUCCCGGGCAACCGAGAAACGACAACAAACGGGGCAUGGGCACAAAGUUAACAAACGCCGUAAGAACGCCCGACACGGUAAAGUGACACGUUACCGCCGCUCGCCGUCGACACACCACGGUGGCGUAAUUCUUAAACUCCCGGCCGUCAUGAGCGAGGUGUGUGUCCGGGUGGCGCUGCGCAUCCGUCCCCUCCUUCCCAAAGAGGUCCUACACAACCACCAGGUGUGCGUGCGGGCCGUGCCGGGCUCCGCACAGGUGCUGCUCGGCUCCGACCGGCUCUUCUCCUUCGACCACGCGUUCGGACCGACGGCCGACCAGGACGAGGUGUACGCGUGCUGCGUGCAGCCGCUGGUGGAGUCCCUGGUGGAGGGCUACAACGCCACCGUCUUCUGCUAUGGACAGACGGGCUCGGGGAAGACGUACACACUCGGAGGGGGAAACCUGGAAGAGGGAGGAAUAAUCGACUGUGUGGCCGAGGAUCUGUUCUUGCUGCUGGGGGAGAAGAGGGAGAACGGCGAUGACGUGGAAGCCACCGUGCGGGUGUCUUACAUGGAGCUGUACAUGGAGGAACUAAGAGACCUGCUGGAGCUACACACCAUUCACAAAGAGCUUCUCAUCAGAGAUGAUGAGAAGGGAAACACAGUGGUGGUGGGAGCCAAAGAGACGGUUGUCACCUCAGCAGAGGAGCUCCGGAGUGUUCUGGAGACCGGCAAUGCCCUGCGUCGCACUGGCACCACAGGGAUGAACGAUCACUCCAGUCGCUCUCACGCCAUCCUCACCCUUCAGCUCAUCCAGUGUUACCACGGCAACAACUCCUCCUCCUCACAAUCCGUCCGCUCUUCCAAACUCUGUUUAGUCGACCUCGCGGGCUCGGAGCGUGCCGGUAAAACCGGUAACACUGGAACGCGUCUCAAGGAGUCUGUUCACAUCAAUGCGGGGCUGCUCGCGCUGGGCAACGUCAUCCGCGCCCUCUCUGACCCUGGCCGGAACCGCCGGGGCAAUGGCUGCAACGGUGCGCACGUGCCGUAUCGCGAUGCCAAGAUCACCCGUCUGCUCCGUGAUUCGCUGGGAGGCAGCGCCCACACGCUGAUGGUGGCAUGCGUGAGCCCCUCUCACCAAAGCGUGGCCGAGACGCUGAGUGUCCUGCAGUUUGCAUCCAAGGCCCGUCACAUCCGUAACUGCCCUAGAGCCGCAUCUACUCAGAGAGAGGUCAAAACGUGUCCGACAACCUGGGACCCUGGUGAGGCUCGACUGAGCGAGCUCGAGUAUGAACUACAGACACUGAGAGAGCUGCUGAAAGAGAAGGAGAGAGAGAUGGAAAGGGAGAGGACAGAUGGAAGAGCUGAAGAGGGGGACAGCGUCAAAGAGCCCAUUCAGAUGAGGAUGUCUCCUCAAGACAAUACGGUGGACCAAGAGGAACCGACGCAGUACCGCCUCCUGGCACAGGAAGCUGCUGUCCUGCUUGCAGAUGUCCCCAACCCCACUUCUAGUCCUUCCUUCAGGCAGCGGCUGCAGGAUUGGCAGGAGAGGCUGACGGCUGCCAAUCGCUCAUUUCAAGCAUAUGAGAAGGACUGUUCUGAUCGACCCCACCACGACACCAUAUCGAAGCUCAGAGAAGAACUCAGCCAAUGCAAGGAGAAUCUCACCAUAGAGGAACAGCUAUUGGAGCAGAGAGAUGCAGAGAUGAGGCAGGUUCAAAAACAAGUAGAGGUACUUCUUCAAGAGAGCAAAACCCACCUUCAGGCCUUGGAGGAGGAAAAGGAACGCACUCGUAUACAGACUGAACAACUUGUGGACCAGCGGAUCCUGAUAAACCAUCUUCGCAGCGACCUGGUGACCUUUAGGGGUGCAACCUCAGGGGCAACCGUGGAAACAGGGGCCUCUGGGAAGAGAUCCCAGAGUGUCCCUCUCAUCAGCAACAGUUGUGGGCACGGACCUCCCAGGAGGAUUCACUCCAGUCCACCGGCUUAUUCACUGGAGAGGGUGAUGGCAGCCUUUAAGAUGCGCAGUCAUCUCCUGCUGGCUGAGAUUGAGGAGAAGGAGGAGGUGUACUGUCCAUUCAUAAAACAACAAGCAGAGGGCAAAGAUGGCGCUCAAGAGCAGGAAGAGGACGAGGAUGAGGACGAGAAUGAUAUCUUUGUGGGAAGAAUGGGAUUUAGGCGUUCCUUAAACCGAACAUGGAGCUGCCGGCAGAAGAAAUCAGCUGAGAAAGAAAAUGACUCUGGACUAGACGAAACAUGCAACGGAAAUCCAUCCCAUCUAUCGCAGCCUCAGCAAGCUACAGGGACCAAGGAAAACCUCGCGAAGCAAAGCCACACGAGGAAGGCGAGACUUAGAGCCAGCGUUACUCAAAGAAGGAUCCAAGAUCUGUCCGUUAACAUGCGCAUGAAGGAGGAACUCAUCAAAGAGCUUGACAAAACUGACAAGGAGACCAGAGCAGCGGACCGACACGGGAGACACCGUGAGCAUGGCAGCGGAGCCAGCGUGUUGGCGAGCCUUUCCGUGCAAAGCCAGCAGGUCCGAUCGGAGAUGUACCACAGCCUGCGGCACAUGAGACGGCAGAGGGAACAACUUCAAAGCAGCCUCGGUCAGCAAAGAGAGUCCAGCUCCAGCGAAGAACCGGACCAAAACAGGGAGCAAAAGUCAGGCGUUUUGACUGUAAGCAAACGCAAUCACCAGAAAGAGUUAAAGCAACAGCUGCAUGAUUGCGUUUGGCUGGAGGAGGAGGAGGAGCGGGUGCUUCAGAAGAGAGCAGAGCUGCAGGAGCUGGAGGAGGAGCUGAGGAGGAGAGAGGAGGUUCUUGUCCGCCGAGAGGGCUGUCUGCAGCAGAAGAGCAAACUGGAGAUCAAGAUGCUCCGCUCCAGUCAGGCUCUUAGUCAGGACCUGGUGCGUGUGUCCUUGCGGUUGGAGUCUCUGGGGGAGCAGCUGCACAGCAGCAGCAGUUUGAGGAAGUCUGGAGGAGCCACCAUGGAGGAACUGGAGAAAGAGAGGGACACGCUUGCAAAGAGGAGGGACACUCUGGACCUCCGCCUGAAGGACAACAGAGUGCUCACCGAGGAGGAGGAGCAUUGCCUGCUUCAACUGGAGGAAGCCAUUGAAGCUCUGGACGCUGCUCUGGAGUUUAAAAACCGCUCUAUCCAGGAAAAACAAAGGAAGUUGUUAAUCAAAGACUCAUCUUUGCUGCAGCCACAAAGCAGCGAACCCGCCCAACUCUGUGAUGUCAUCAGGAAGCUGAAGAGUCUCUCCCCACCUGAGGCUUCGGAGCUGCUGGUCAAAUAUUUCAACAAGGUUGUUUGUCUCCGUGAGGAGGAGCGCCGUUUGCGUUUGCGCUGUGAAGAGCUGGAGCUUCAGACGGGAGAGAAAGAGGCGCUGCUGAGGGAGAUGGAGGUCUCCAUGCAGCGCCUGGCCCUAGAUGCAGACCGCAGGCUCACCCAGCAGCACCACCAUCACCAGAACAACAUCCAGCUACUGCUGCAGAAACUUAAAGAUGGUGGUUCAGAAGAGUCACAGCAGCCCAUCAAAGACAGACUGCAGCAUCUGGAGAAAGAGCUGUUUUUCUAUAAAAGCUCCAGUAGGCAGCUUAAAAAGAAACUCAAAGAGAUCAUCGGUGACUCUCUUCACCCGGUCGCUCUGCCCUCACACACACUGGAGCACGGACACUUACGCGGUGUGCAAUCAAACCAGAGUGCAAAAGAACCCCGCACGUACAGCGAUGAGGCACACGGAAGGACACAGGUUGGAACAACGCACACAAAGAUGCACGCUGAGCACAAUCCUCAUUUGAAGAAACACGCACAUCAAACAUCCUCGUCUUCCGACCUCCAAGCACGCAAAACAACAAAGAUGCUUCAAUACGACCAGGUACACACACAGUCCCUGGGGAGAAGGGGUCACUCCGGGGACAUUUUAGAGAUGACACCAGGCCGUUUGUCUCGCAGAGAGCUGAGACAGAUCUCCUCAGCUGACCUGCAUGUCUGUAGUUCUGCCACAAGGGGGCGACAGUCUGUCGUGGAGACCAGCACUGAUUCAAUGCUAGAGGACUCCAUAGAAGUGCCCAGAAACACUGACAGAUGAUGUUGUCAUGGAACUUAUGAGUCACCUGGUAGCGGAAGUGUGUACAUCAGAUUAGUUUUGGUUGCUAGUAGACAAAGUAAAAUAUGUGUUGUGAAUAAGCAAGCUCAAAAAUGCAUUCUGUAGGACUGAAACAUCCUCUCCAAAAUACUGGUUUAUUUAAUGCAAAGAAUAAGAGGCACCUUGAACAGGUUUUGUUAAGCAUUUUUCGUUUUAAAUGACAGAACUGCUGUCAAUGUAAUCCCACAAAAUAGUAAAACCGUGGAAAAAUGACAACAGCAGAAGAAAGUGUGUGAAAUGUGGAACGGUGACCAGAUGUGAACCAGAAUGGUCUCUUGUCAUAGCACUCCUAUUUAUCCGUCUUCCACGGUGCUCACACAUUUUAAUGUAUAUUGUGUGAGAAUGAGUUGUUUAAUGCAAAAAGCAGCACUUUUUAAAUAUCAUUGUUGUUAUCUAAUGUUAUAUCACUUUGCAUUCAUCAACCUUUUGUCAAAUGUAGUCAAAUAGUGCCUUGUGAAGAGAAAUUACUUGUCUUCCACCUUUAAUUUCCAGCACUAUAUCACUUAAAAUAACCACUAGACUAGAUGCAAUGCUUUCUGCACUACAACAGUAUGUAUAUGAGUACUAUAAAACGGUAAUGUUUUUUUAAUGAAUUUGAUUUAUUUAAACAGAAACCUGUUUGAUCUGUGUGCACUUACAUUUAGUUAUAUGUUGAUUGCUGUGUAAAUUAUUUUUACAAGUGUGACUGUUCAACCCUGUGCAUUAAACUUUCUCAUAUGCAUAUCUCA